AUGCCCUGUUUCAAGGGCAUCGCCGUGAGCAUCCAUGCAAAUGGAGCCCCGCUCAAGGACCAUGGCGUCCAACGGAACUCACGGCUCUCCCGCAUGAGCUCUUACAUACCCGUGCCGUCGCCCCAGUUGAACAGCGAGACCGGCCAACAUGAGGCUGCACGUUUUGCCAUUUCCAUCACUCUCCUCACCCCGGGCCACCCGAUCCCGUACUCGUCGCCGAAGCCCACGGAAGCAGACCCCCACCCCAGCCCCAGGUAUGCUGGUCCUGCAUCCAUCGACCACUCGGAUCUGUCCAAAUAUGCCGGCGUCGAGCCCCCGUAUAUCCCCAUUACGAGUUCGGACAACGAGACCAUUGCUGCGUACAUAUACUUCGAUGGUCGAGCCAAGGAAGAGGUAGCUACUCUCCUUCGACCUGGUGAGGAGACCUGGGUCAACAGUCGAUGGGUGCAGGUUCCCGAGAGCGAGGGCGGUGGUCUCGCUGAGCGCGAGUUCUUGUUCAAGGAGGUGGGCCUGGAGAGAUGGCUUAAUGGGCUUGAUCUACAAGGCCACGAUGCGAAGGAGAAGGUGGAGAAGAGAAGGCAGAAGUUCGAGAGACGUCAUCGUCGCCAAAAGCCCUCGGGGGCUGGUGAAAUGGACACGGAGAAGACGGGCCGACUGCGGGAUGGGGAUGAUAUGGCCUUCGUACUAGGCGCCAUGGAAGGCUCGGAAUCCGAUUCGCUAUCAGACGACGACGACGAACCGCCCGAGGCCACAGGUCAGAUCAAGGUCGCCAUGUUUCGCGUGAUCGCAUCGGGCGAAAUUAAGAAGGGCGAAUAUUCACCGCAGUUUGACGCACAUGACGAUGACGACGAAGGCGAAGGCAAGGGAGGCAGCAAUGGCGCUAUCGAUGCUGAUGUCGAGCACACCACCAGUUUUGCUAAGCCCAAAUCUUUGGACCCCAAGACAAUCAGCACCCAGACAGUGACCGGUAUCGACGGUCCUGACAAGCCCUACGCUGUCUUCACCUUCUUCUACCGUGGUCAACGUCAACUGGCCAAGAUGGGCAUGUUACCGUCGGCUAAGGAUCCCAAGACAACACCCGGCACUAAGCGACGCAGCACCCAGCUCGACUUUUCGGGCCUGGGCCCACUCAAGACCACAGGCACAGUUGGCUUCUCUGCCUUCCGAGACCAAGGCACAGAGGCAGCCCAACGCCGAAGGGCACGAAAGAAGAGCAAUGGUAGCGUGGGCGGUGCCAUGGACGAAGACAGCGAAGACGACGACGACGACGACGACGCUGACCCGCUAGUCAAGAUGGAAGACUCGGACGAGAAAGUCAUCAAGACGAGCUUGGCUCCCGAGGACGCGCAAGUCACGGCAGAACUGAACUCAAGAAUUGACCGAAUUCGACUCAAGAGGCAACAUUCUGCGGAACCAGAAACCCUGGCAGGGUUGGCCUAUGAAAGGAAGUCACCGAGCACUGGCCCCAAUGGUGGGGAGGCCACACCCACGGACUCGACGAGUAGCAACGCCCUCCCUGCUGGCGGUGUUACGAACUUGCUUGCACAAGCGACAAUGGAAGCCUCGGCCGUGGGAAGCCCACUCAAGAAGCAACGAGCUAAUUCGAGUGAUGAGACCCCGGACCGUUCCGCAGGAUUCCCGUCAAAUAUUGGCGAUGUGCUCGGUCGAGCAACAAGUCAGGCGGCCACUACGUCAACCAUGGGCCCUACUGUUCUUGGGCCGAAGGAUGAGGAUGACGAGGAGCUGUAG